CCCUCACACCGCCCCUCCAAGAUGGCGGCGGCCAUGCCGCCUCCCGCCGCCGCCGCCGCCGCCGCCGCUCCGGGCCCUUCCCGCCUUUUUUAACGGGCGCGCUCGCACGGGGUUUCCCGGUGCCCCUUCCCGCCCCCGCCGUGAGGGCGCGGCCAUGGACGGCGGGCCCGGCGCGGCGGCGGGCGCGGGGCCCAGUAACGUGCCCGCCUUCCUCACCAAGCUCUGGACGCUGGUGGAGGAUCCCGACACCGACGCCUUGAUCUGCUGGAGCCCGAGCGGGAGCAGCUUCCACGUUUUCGACCAGGGCCAGUUUUCCAAGGAAGUUCUUCCCAAAUAUUUCAAACACAACAACAUGGCCAGCUUUGUGAGGCAGCUCAACAUGUAUGGCUUCAGGAAGGUGGUGCACAUCGAGCAGGGGGGUUUGGUGAAGCCAGAGAAGGAUGACACAGAAUUCCAGCAUCCCUUCUUCCUCAGGGGGCAGGAGCAGCUCCUGGAGAACAUCAAGAGGAAAGUCACCAGUGUGUCAGGGCUGAAGGGCGAGGAGGUGCGGGUGCGGCAGGACAGACUUGGGGGCAAAAAAACCCCAAAAAUCAAAAAAAAAUCCCAAAAUCUCCCUGAAAUCUCCCUAAACCUCUCCUAAAACUCCACAGAAAUCCAAAAUAAUUGUGGAAAAGAAAUAAAAUAAUCUCAAAAAUUCCCAAAUAUUUAUAAAAACUCCCAAAGCAAUGACAAAGGAAAAGCCGGAAUAACUCUCGAAAAACUAAAAAAAUCCCCAAAAAAUCCCAAUAAAAAUCCCAAAAAAAAUCUGAAAAAAAUCCCAAAAAUUCCCAGAGCCUCCCAUGCAUUCCUGCAUCCCAAAUUGUGAUUUUUUUUUUUUUUUUUUUUCCCAUUUUUCCUGUUUUGCAGGUGUCAGGGCUGAAGGGCGAGGAGGUGCGGGUGCGGCAGGACAGACUUGGGGGCAAAAAAACCCCAAAAAAUCCCAAAAUCUC